AUGCGUGGACGGCAACAUUGGCAAUGCCUUGCCCCAUUGGCCCCCCAGGCCCGGAAACGGGACGAUCAGCAGGACCCCUUGUCCAGCCUCCUCCCCACGCCCGACGCCCGCGUCUCGCCCGACGUCCUGGUCGUCGGCGCCGGCCCCGCCGGCCUCGCCCUUGCUGCGGAGCUGGGCGCUCAAGGGCUGAGGACCACGCUCGUGGGCGACGCGGCCAGCAUCUUCACCAACAAUUAUGGGGUCUGGGCGGAUGAGUUCCAAGCCCUGGGACUGGAGCACACCCUGGAGCACGUGUGGGGGGACGCGGUGUGCUAUUUCUCCGAGGGCCGCCCAACUAGGGUGGGGCGGGCAUACGCCCGCGUCGACAGGCAGAAGCUGCGGCAGCACCUGGUGGAGGCCUGCCAGGCAAACGGUGUCACCUUCCAGCCGGGGGAGGUAGUGGAUGUGGGCGUGAAGAACGGCACAGCCUCGGUCACCUGCCAAGAUGGCUCCGUCCUGACUGCGAGGCUGGUGACCCUGGCCUCCGGCGCGGCGGCGGGGCGCUUCCUCAAGUACGAGAGCUCUGCCCCCGCUGUGGCCGUGCAGACGGCGUACGGCAUCGAAGUGGAGGUGGCGGGCUACGACGAGGCCUUUGACCCCGGCCGCGUGUUCCUGGAGGAGACGUGCCUGGUGGCCAAGCCUGCGCUGCCCUUCCAGACACUCAAGCGGCGCUUGGAGCGGCGCUGCGCUGCUCUGGGCCUGGAGAUCAAGGAGGUGCACGAGGAGGAGUGGUCCUAUAUCCCCGUGGGCGGCCCGCUGCCCCUGGCAGACCAGCCCAUCACUGCAUUUGGGGCGGCGGCCUCCCUGGUGCACCCCGCGACGGGGUACAGCCUGGCCCGCAGCCUGCGGGAGGCCAAGGGCGUCGCGGCCGCCACGGCCGCCGCGCUGGGCUCCGCGGAUUCGCAGCGCAGCGUGGCAUCUCGGGUGUGGGAUGCCCUCUGGUCCCAGGAGCGGCGCAAGCAGGCCGCGUUCCACAUCUUUGGGAUGGAGCUGCUGUGCAAGAUGGGGGUGGAGCCAACGGCCCAGUUCUUCACCACCUUCUUCAGCCUGCCCACGCGCCAGUGGCGUGGCUUCCUGGGCUCCAGCCUCACCUCCCUCCAGCUCCUCGUCUUUGCCGGGACCACCUUUGUGUUGGCCCCCCUGCCCAUCAAGGUGACGCGGCUGGUGCGUCACCUGGUCCAGGACCCGGCGGGGAAGUACCUGCUGCGGGCCUACACCAGGAGCUCCCAGGAGGGGUCUGCGACGGAGGAGGCCCCAGGCGCGGCGACAGCGGCACCCAGGGACAGCCUGCCCGCAGCAUGA